AUCGUCGUCUCUGUCAAUUCCUCUGAAUCGAUUCGACUGCAAAUCGGCGUUUCUCUUAUAUAAAUCAUCAUCCACUCCCAUUCCAUUCAUUCAAUAACGUUCCUUAAUCCAUCUUAAUUAGAUGCAUCCUUCCACCUCCAUGUGUUUCCUCUCAUAUAUAAAUCCUUUUGUAUCAAUUCAGUUCAAUCCAAAUUCUAUAUCCUCCAUACGACAACAUUGAUCGACAACAGUGAUAUCCGCUCAUGCUUCCCGGAAAUCUCAAGUUGUCCUCAUCGAUGAACAGGCUUCAUCUCAUCUAAUCGUGCUACACUAUACGAGCCUCCAGAAGCUAAUUACAGCCUUCAGAAUUUCUUCGCAACCUUAAUGUACUGAGAUUGCUAAGCUGGUGAAUGAGGAGGUCAUAACUAAGGCUGAGGCAAUGACUAUUGGUGAAAUGAAAUGUGAAAAACAAAAAAGAUUGCAGCCAGGCACCAAAAAGUUGGAGAGAAGCCUCUUCUGUCUGUUUCAACAUUUGUCCAGGCAGAUCGCAUUUACAGUGCUUCUUGCGGUUCCAGCUCUGUUGUAUGCUAUUAAUAACUACCUCAAGUUCACAAUGCAGCUAUAUUUCAACCCUGCUACUGUGAAGAUGCUUAGCAAUCUAAAGGUUCUGGUCAUUGCUCCUCUGUUGAAGAUGGUAAUGAAGCGGCGGUUUUCCAUCAUUCAGGGACUUGCUCUGUUGCUGAUAGGGAUUAGCGUAAAUCAGCUGCGUUCUCUUCCUGAAGGUGCUACUGCCAUUGGAAUUCCUCUUGCUACUGGUGCAUACAUAUGUACUGUUAUCUUUCUCGCACACUUUGACACAACCAAGAAGAAGAUGAUGAAAGUUGUCAUUCUGGAUCCUAUCGAGGACUCAACAGAGCCAAAAAUAGAGAAAACUGAUUCAUUGCUUGGUUGGAACAAAAUAACUUUCAAUUUCCGUACAAAGUUGUCCAGUCUAAAGACAAUGGUUUGGGAGAAUGUUCUACUUGAUCAUGAGCUGAUGAGGUACGUUGUCUGUAAUUUGCCAUAG